AUGUUUUUCUAUGGUGUCCAAUAUAUAUGUAUACUAAUCUAUGGUUUUGACAAGAUAAAACUGGAGGAAGUCCUUUUGUGGGCAGUUUCAGCGUCGAAAUCUCCAUUCCGAAACCGAUUAAUGACUUUAAACAGGUGAAACGGCCGCACAAGCAUCGCAUACGUACGUCAAAAUGGCCCGAGACUAUGAUCACCUGUUCAAGUUGCUCAUUAUAGGCGACAGUGGUGUGGGCAAGAGUUCAUUGUUGUUGAGGUUCUCUGACAACACAUUCACUGGCAGCUACAUAACCACGAUCGGGGUGGAUUUCAAGAUUAAAACGGUGUCGAUGGACGGUCUGAAAGUCAAACUGCAAAUAUGGGAUACUGCGGGACAGGAACGGUUCAGGACAAUAACCAGCACAUAUUACAGGGGAACCCACGGAGUGAUCGUCGUCUACGACGUAACGAACGGGGAAUCCUUCGCCAACGUCAAGAGAUGGUUGCACGAGAUCGAGCAGAACUGCGAAGUCGUCAACCGUGUUUUAGUGGGGAACAAGAACGACACACCAGAGAGGAAGGUGGUGUUAACGGAGGACGCACAACGGUUCGCCGACACAAUGAACAUCCAGCUCUUCGAAACAUCGGCCAAGGACAACAUUAACGUCGAGGAAAUGUUCAUGGCGGUCACGAAGCUGGUGCUCGACUCGAAGCUGGAGAUGAAGCAAAGGCAGAACAACGAUUCGGAGGGCACGGUCGUGCUGAAAAAAUCGAAUAAGGGCGGCAAGAAACGGUGUUGUUGAAGUCGUCGUGUACGUCGUUUUGUUCUGUAUAUAAUUGGGUUGUACAGUGUUGAUAAUUGUGCGAUGGAUAUUUUCUUAUUGUAGCAUAUCAGAUGGUAUUAUUGUAUAUGUAAAAGUGUGACAAUACGAGGCGUACAACGUUUUACGAACAUGAUGCUGAACAUGCCAUUUUUUCUAUUUUUUACGUACCAAAACUCUAGGUUCUUUAGCAUGUAACUUUUUUAUGAUGUAAGUUGUGUAUAGAUAUGGAUAAAUUGAUUGUGUAUUUUUAAACAAUUCAAAUUGUAACGAUUUGUUGUAAUAAAAUAUGUGUUUAAAA